GGGCCACUCUGAACCUUUUUUGGCCUGGCCCCAUCAUUUUAUAGCAUCGUACCGGAAUCGACGGCGCAUGGCCCGUAUCCGUCAUGAGCGGUGCAAAGAGCGGUAGCUCCGCUCGGGCGAGCUCUUCGUCCUCCUCUCCUCCGACCAAACCUCCCCAAGACGGCCGACCUCGGGUCUCACGCACUCCGCCCGCCCUGCUCUUCCCGCCCGCUCCCCCGCCCCUCCACAUCACCGUCCGCUUCAGCAUCGCCCUGCCCGACAUACAACUCGAAAUCCCUUCGCCGCAACAGACGACCGUGGUUGCGCUCAAACAUCUCAUCCGCCGCCGCCUGGCCGCCGACGCCGACGCCGAAGCGGAAGCGGAAGCGAGCGACAAGGAGGACGACGGCGAUGCGCCAGGCGCGCAAACCCCCUCCCCGGCAGCGCAGGCCUCCCGCGCCCGCCUCCGCUUCAUCCACAACGGCCGCAUUCUCCCGGACCCCGCCGUCCUCAGCGCCGUCCUCAAGGCGCCCCCGCCACCACCGCUCUCCCACCAUCCCGACCCCAAGGGCAAGUCCCCGGCAGGCGCCCACCACCAACAGCAGCGCGUCUUUAUCAACUGCAGCAUCGGCGAUCCCCUCCCGGAAGUCGACAUCGCCGCCGAGGCCGAGGCCGCGACCGCCCCGGGGAUCACCACCACCACCACCACCACCACCACCACCACCACGCCGAAGCUCUCGGUGACGACCACCGGCCUCGACCGCCACCCCCAGCACGAGCAGCAGAACCCCUCGGAAGCCGGCGAGUCGGGGUCGGGGUCGGGGUUGAGAUCGAGGCCGAGACCGCAGCAGCAGCAGCAGCAGCCGGCGGGCUUCGACCGCCUCCUCCAGGCCGGCCUCACCCCGGCCGAGAUCGCCACCCUCCGCUCCCACUUCCGCGCCAUCCACACCGCCCGCUUCACCCCGGACACCAUGCCCUCCCCCGACACCCUCCGCUCCAUGGAGGACGCCUGGCUGGACGGCGGCGGGUUCCAGCGGCUGCCACCAACCGCCGAUUCGUCCAAUGGCUAUUAUUACGGUGGUGGUGGUGGUGGUGGUGGUGGUGGUGGUGGGGAAGCGGGCGAGGGCGGGGAUGCCGACGGGGUGGAGGACGCGUUUGCGGUGAGCGCCGUCGCCGGGCCCCUGAUCCAGGGGAUGCUGAUCGGGUUCAUGUUCCCCCUGGGGGUCAUCGGCUGGCUUGGCAAGGAGGACGGUCUGUGGUCGGAGUCGAUGCAGGCCUUUGUCAUCCUGGGCGUCUUGCUGAGCGUCUCGGUCGGGCUGGUGAGGGCGUUGACGGGCGAGGGGUGAGAAGAGCUGCCGCACACGUACGUUGGUUGCUUGCCUGCCGGUCUCCUGAAGCGCAUUUAAUUACCGUUGUGGUAUGAUGUGGGCCAGAAGAAAAGGUGGAAAAACAAAUGUAAUAAACAGGUGGGUGUUUGCUGU